CAACACCCAUCCAGCCAUCCUUGACUACACGCCAUUAAAGACGAAUGGACAUGGCCGACUUCCUUCCACCUAUCACUCGCUCUCUCUCUCUCUCUCUCUCUCUCUCUCUCUCUCUCUCUCUCCACACAGAGCAGAGAAGGAGAAAUCGAAGUAGAGACGACGCCAUGGAUCGAAUGAGACCCAAUGCCGCCAACCGCAGUCCCCUCACCCCACUGGGCUUCCUCGAGCGCACCGCCACCGUCUAUGGCGACUGCCCCUCCGUUGUCUACCACCGCACCGUCUACACCUGGUCCCAGACCCUCCGCCGCUGCCUCCGUCUCGCCUCCUCCCUCUGUUCCCUCGGCAUCUCCCGCGGCGACGUGGUCUCGGUGCUGGCGCCCAACGUGCCGGCAAUGUACGAGAUGCACUUCGGCGUCCCGAUGAGCGGCGCCGUCCUCAACACCAUCAACAUCCGCCUCGACGCCCGCACCAUCUCCGUCCUCCUCCACCACAGCGGCUCCAAGCUCGUCUUCGUCGAUCCCCUGUCCCUCCCCCUCCUCCGCGACGCCCUGCGCUUCCUCCCUCACUCCCACCAACCCCCCCGAGUAGUCCCCAUCGAAGACCCCGACGAAGAGAACGCCAAAAGCUCCGAUCUUUUCGCCGCGGGCGGCGGCCUCACCUAUGAGAAAUUGAUCGAGAUGGGCGACCCGGAGUUCAAUUGGGUCCGCCCCAAGAGCGAGUGGGACCCCAUGGUCCUCAAUUACACCUCCGGCACCACCUCCGCUCCAAAAGGCGUCGUCCACUGCCACCGCGGUCUCUUCAUCAUCACCGUCGACUCCCUCAUCGACUGGUCCGUCCCCAAGCGCCCCGUCUAUCUCUGGACCCUCCCUAUGUUCCAUGCCAACGGUUGGAGCUACCCCUGGGGCAUCGCCGCCGCCGGCGGCACCAACAUCUGCCUCCGCCGCUUCGACUCCGCCACCAUCUACGCCGCCCUCGCCACCCACCGCGUGACCCACAUGUGCGGCGCCCCCGUCGUCCUCAACAUGCUCGCCAACGCUCCGGACUCCGCGAGAAAGCCGCUCCCCGGCCCGGUCCAAAUCCUCACAGCCGGCGCGCCGCCGCCGGCGGCGGUGCUCCACCGCGCGGAGGCGCUCGGCUUCUCCAUCAGCCAUGGGUACGGGCUCACCGAGACGGCGGGGCUGGCGGUGUCCUGCGCAUGGAAGGGGGAGUGGGACCGGCUGCCGGCGGCGGAGCGGGCCAGACUCAAGGCGCGACAAGGUGUUCGAACUUUGGCCAUGGCCGAGAUCGACGUCAUCGACGGCUCCACCGGCGAGAGCGUCAAGCGGGACGGCGCCACCUUGGGCGAGAUAGUCCUCCGCGGCGGGUGCGUGAUGCUCGGCUAUCUAAAAGACGAGGAGGCGACGAGCCGGGCGGUGCGGCAGGACGGAUGGUUCUACACCGGGGACGUCGGGGUCAUGCAUGCAGACGGGUACGUGGAGAUCAAGGACAGAUCAAAGGACGUGAUCAUCAGCGGCGGCGAGAAUUUGAGCUCGGUGGAGGUGGAGUCGGUGUUGUAUGGCCACCCGGCGGUGAACGAGGCGGCGGUGGUGGCGCGGCCGGACGAAUACUGGGGGGAAACGCCGUGCGCUUUUGUGAGCAUAAAGGAAGGAAUGGCGGCGCCGCCGACGGAGGCGGAGGUGAUUGCUUGGUGCCGGGAGAGGAUGCCGCGCUACAUGGUGCCCAAGACGGUGGUGUUCAAGCCGGAAUUGCCGAAGACUUCAACGGGGAAGAUUCAGAAGUAUGUGUUGAGGGAGAUGGCCAAGGCCAUGGCGUCCCCUCGGCCAAGUCGGAUGUAGGAAGCCGGUUGGACGGCGAGCUGGGGGUCUGGGAUUGGUAUCUUGGAGGAGGUGGAGCAUACUAUGUUCAAUUAUUGCGGGGUUUUGGUGGAACGAUCCUAACAAUGAACUCAUCAAAAGUUUGGAGAUUAAAAUAAUUUAAGAGAUAUGGGGAGUUUCUCUGAUUGGCUAUACUUCACCCUUGAACGGAGAAGAAAAAAAAAAUGAAAUUCUCUUUCUUAUCUUUGUAGAUGAGAUAAUACUUCCCAUAUCUUUUAAAUAAAAAUAUAAAAUAGUUUGUAAAAUUAUCGUGCCUAAGAAGUGCCAAAUAAAUGUUAAUAUUCAAUCCAUUA